AUGGCUCUCAAUUUAUUGUCUCCAGCUGAAAUCAAAGCCAUCUCUUUCUUGGAUUCCACCAAGUCCACCCACCUCCCCAAGCUUCCAGGUGGGUUUGCUUUGAGGAGGAAAGAUUGCAAAACAGUAGUUGGGAGAAGAAUUCAAUGCUCAGCAGCAGCACAGACACCUCCUCCAGCUUGGCCGGGACGUGCCGUUCUGGAGACAAGCCGCAGAACUUGGGAUGGCCCAAAGCCUAUCUCGAUUGUUGGAUCUACUGGUUCCAUUGGAACCCAGACACUGGACAUAGUGGCAGAGAACCCAGAUAAAUUCAGAAUUGUAGCGCUAGCAGCUGGUUCAAAUGUAACUCUUCUUGUGGAUCAGGUGAAGAGAUUCAAGCCCCAACUUGUUGCAGUUAGAAAUGAAUCAUUAGUUAAUGAGCUUAACGAGGCCUUGGCUGAUUUAGAAGAAAAGCCUGAGAUUAUUCCUGGCGAGCAAGGAGUUAUUGAGGUUGCCCGCCACCCAGAUGCAGUCACAGUAGUUACUGGAAUAGUAGGUUGUGCAGGAUUGAAGCCUACAGUGGCUGCAAUUGAAGCAGGGAAAGACAUAGCAUUAGCCAAUAAAGAGACCCUGAUUGCUGGAGGUCCUUUUGUUCUUCCUCUUGCUCACAAGCAUAACGUGAAAAUUCUUCCUGCUGAUUCAGAACAUUCUGCAAUUUUUCAGUGUAUCCAAGGCUUGCCAGAGGGUGCACUUCGGCGUAUCAUAUUGACAGCGUCUGGUGGGUCUUUCAGGGAUUGGCCUGUUGAGAAAUUGACAGAAGUUAAAGUUGCUGAUGCUCUGAAGCAUCCUAACUGGAAUAUGGGAAAGAAAAUAACUGUUGAUUCUGCUACUCUUUUCAAUAAGGGUCUAGAAGUCAUUGAAGCCCAUUACUUGUUUGGAGCUGAAUAUGACAACAUUGAUAUUGUGAUUCAUCCGCAAUCUAUUAUACAUUCAAUGAUUGAAACACAGGAUUCAUCUGUUCUGGCACAAUUGGGGUGGCCUGAUAUGCGCUUGCCAAUUCUCUACACCAUGUCAUGGCCAGAGAGAAUCUAUUGCUCUGAAGUAACAUGGCCUCGUCUUGAUCUGUGCAAGCUUGGUUCACUAACCUUUAAAGCUCCCGACAAUGUGAAAUACCCAUCCAUGGAACUUGCCUAUGCUGCUGGACGGGCCGGUGGCACCAUGACAGGAGUUCUUAGUGCAGCAAAUGAAAAAGCUGUGGAGUUGUUUAUCAGUGAAAAAAUCAGUUAUCUUGAUAUUUUCAAGAUUGUUGAGCUAACAUGUGCUAAGCACCGGGCAGAACUAGUUGCCUCACCUUCCCUCGAGGAAAUUAUACAUUACGAUUUAUGGGCACGAGAUUAUGCAGCUAAUUUGCCGAGCUCUUCAAGUUCAAUUCCUGUUUUUGCAUGA